AUGUCCGAGACUGCUCGCCCGCGGGAGCCGGCUCGGGAGCCGGCCAAAAGCAAAUCCCGCAAAACCGACCCAAAUGCGCCGAUUCGGAAACGACGGAAGAGAACGGUGGUGAGCGGUGCUCCGGAUGACUGCUUCACAUGCUCCAAGCGAGGAGCUCGAUGUGACCGACGACGCCCAUACUGCUCCCAGUGCCUCGAGCUCGGCCGCGAAUGUUCCGGAUACAAGACUACCCUGACGUGGGGGGUGGGGGUUGCCAGCAGAGGCAAGCUGCGAGGCCAGAAGCUCCCCGUCAUGGACGAAGGGGCUGCAGAGUCUUCCAAGAAAACUUCCAAUGCACAGCAGCGGUCGCCUUCCAGCAGCGGAGGUCAAGCCCAAUCCUCGUCGCAACGGACCUCGACCACUCCGCCGGCCGCGCCGUCCUCUGGCAUGGGCUUCUCUUCCUUUGAUGCAGGGUCCUUCAACUCGUUCGACUCAGACUCUCGCAGGCCGUCAGUCGCGUCGAAUGUACCUGAUAUGUCGAAUGGCAUAGCGUGGACAAUGGACAUGCCGGAUCCCCAGACGUGGUCCAGCAUGUCUGCUGCGCAUCCACAGAUAUCUGGACUUCCAUUACCAAACCGACCAGCAAUGGGCAGUCGCUCAAGCCCAAGCAUAUCUUCCGAGGUAUCACUUGCUUAUGCACCCUUGUUAAGCCCGACCGCCAGUUUCGCUACACCAGCGUGGCCUGUUGCGAGAACUUGGCCGGCUUCAAAUACAGCAUUCCCACAAGAUGCAGAUGAGGAGAUCGACAGGAAAAAUCCACAAUAUUCAAUGCUGUGGGAUGCUGGUCAUUCGCCCUCGUAUUCUCAGCUGCUUCUGGCAAGAUCCGUAGGACGCACACCCCGUCUGCGGUAUCUCAUCAGUUAUUUCGCCGAAGUCAUUGCCCCCAUGAUUGUUGCUUUUGAUACCCCAUCAAAUCCGUUCCGCACACAUGUCCUUCGUUUGGCGCAAGGCAGUGAGGCCCUCCAAGAGGCAAUUGCGACCUUGGCCACAAGCAAUCUACGACAGCGACGAGAGAAAAAUCAUAUGUCCACCGAGAGAACCCUCCCGGCUCGUAUGUCGUCUAUGGCGCAUCGUGCUCUAACCGACGAGGACUUCCAAGAUAGAUACGGAAUUUCCAUGUCGGAGGGUUAUAUACGGGAAGAGAAUCAUCACCGUGGCAUGGCCGUAAAGGCCUUGAAUGCCGAUCUGGCAGACCCACGUCGCAGACUGUCGGACUCGGUAUUAGCCACAUUGCUAAUACUGUGUUUGUUCCAUGGCUGUGACACUGGUGUUGCCGAAUUUCGAACACAGUUUGCUGGUGUCACCAGGCUCCUCGCAAUUCGAAUGCGGCAUUCUCCAGUCUUGACGGAUGAUAUCAAGUGGUUCAUCCGCAUGUUCUCUUGGUUUGACACUCUCACUGCGACUACAAAUGACCGUGAUGUACAGCUUCGCGGCAAAUGCCUGGAAAUCAGCUCGAUCACUGAUGGUGAAUGGGGGUUGGAGAACUUGGCUGGCUGUGAUGGACGCCUGUUCAAAAUGAUAUCUCAGCUAGGCCGGCUGAACCUACUGAGUCAGGACCAACAGCCCAACGAAUCUCGACCAGCAGAUGUGACGAUCCCUACCGCCUCAUUACCCCCAUCCAUGAUCUUCCCUGGCUGGGAUAGUGUUCCUUUAGCCUCUGGAUCAGGAGCCAUGGCGGGUGAUUAUGGAUAUUCUAUGCCUACUCCACCACAGAGCAGCGACCAGGCUCGAAGGCCUUCAUCUCCCGCAUUCUGGACCGAAUGGUACUCAUUACGGCAACGCCUCGAGUCCUGGCGAUUCGACCCACCGACUGGACCACCCGUUGAGGCCUCGUUCUCCUCGCCAACUCUGUCCGCGUCCACUCUGUCCUUCAAUCCCUCUCAAUUUACACCAACCCCUCCAACCUCGCCAUCAUACCAGGUGGCCAACGAGAAUCUUCAAGACGUCUACCAAAUAUCUGAAUGCUUCCGCCAUGCGGCGCUUCUUUACUGCGAACGACUUGCAGAGCCAAGUCUUCCAUCCCAACACCCUCGCAUCCAACACCUAGUCCUUCUUGCUAUGCACUGCCUCUUCGCUGUACAGUCGGAUGUCUACCUUCUGUGGCCGCUGUUCAUCGUAGGAUCAGAAUGUGUCCAAGAGGAUCACCGUUCCGCCGUUCGAAAUCGCUGCAGGGAUAUCUCCAAGGACUCUGGAUUUGUGAACAACAUCUCUUGUCUGGAAUUGCUGGAAAAGAUCUGGGCAGAGCAUUCUGAGGAGUCCUCGUAUCCUGUAUAUCCCUCCGAUUUGGGUCCUCCGCCACCGCUGGAUGGAAGCGGAAAGACCAUAACUUCUCAAGCCUUCCGCUGGUCUCGAGUCAUGCAGGCGAAACGGGGCGAUGGAGAAUACAUGGUGGCAUAA